CGGAAAAGAAUUCUGUGUCCUUUAGAUCCAAAACACACAGUAUAUGAAGAUCAACUAACAAAGCAUUUGAAAAAAUGUAACUCAAGAGAGAAGCCAAAACCUGCUAACAAGUUAGCCUGCCACAGGUUUGUGGAUGCUGGCAGAAGAGACUCCUAGGACUUCUUUAUUCAAGAUAUUAAUGCGGGCUUAAACGAUGAAACAGAAAUACCUGAACAAUUAGUUCCGAUUUCUUCUCUUUCUGAAGAGCAGUUGGAAAGCUUAAUUAAGAAAUUGCGGAAAGCAAGUGAAGGUUUGAACUCUACACUUAAAGAUCAAAUUAUGUCCCAUCCAGCAUUGCAUGAUGCCCUUAAUGACCCUAAAAAUGGUGAUUCUGCAACCAAACACCUGAAACAGCAGGCUUCUAUUUUAGGUAACAUUGAAAAAUUAAAGUUACUUGGUCCAAGAAGAUGCUUUGUUGAGUUUGGAGCAGGAAAGGGAAAAUUAUCUCAUUGGGUUGAUAUUGCCUUAAAAGAUGCUGAAAAAGUUCACUUCAUCCUAGUAGAAAAGGUGACCACGAGAUUCAAGGUAGAUGGCAAACACAGAAAGAAAAAUUCAGUGUUUGAGAGACUUCAAAUUGAUAUUCAACACUUGUGUUUGAACAAGAUUCCUUUGCUAAGCAAAGAAAAACUGCCUGUGGUAGGAAUUGGAAAGCAUUUGUGUGGUGUGGCAACAGAUCUUGCAUUACGAUGUUUGGUUGAAACCUAUGCUGCCAGUUGUGAGGAAAGGAAUGAAGAACCUUUAGCCAAACGCAUAAAGAAUGAUAAAACAGAAAAAGAAAUUAACACUUUGGCCAAGGAAGGAAAUGAAAAAAAUGUCCCAGAGAAGUGGACCCCUGUGGCUGGCAUUGUUAUUGCACUCUGUUGUCACCACAGGUGUGAUUGGAGACAUUAUGUGGGCAAAGAGUAUUUCAGGGCUCUAGGCCUUGGAGCAGUGGAAUUCCACUACUUCCAGCGAAUGAGUAGUUGGGCAACUUGUGGAAUGCGAAAAACAUCUUUGGAAGCUUCCAAUCUUACUACAAAGAGAAAAGAUAAGCACAGCGAUGCCAGUGAAGAGCAUGAUGACGGGGGAUGCAGAAUCACAGACGACAGUGCUGAGAGUGUACCUGGGUUCCUUACUGUUGAAGAAAAGAAGAAAAUCGGACAUCUUUGUAAAUUGCUGAUUGACCAAGGCCGAGUUGAGUAUUUACAGCAGAAAGGAUUCAGUCCUGCUUUACAGUACUAUACAGAUCCUCUGGUGUCUUUGGAAAAUGUAUUGUUAACUGCUUUACCAAAUCAUUCUUUAUCACCAGAAACAACUCCUUAAUGGAAAAGAAAUUCUGAACAUAUGUCUUCCACCAAAAGAAUUUUUUAAUUGUAUUUUUAUAUUCAUGAAAAUAUAAUUUACAUAGCAGAUAAUAUGAAUUUUUAAAAAUGUUGUGGCCUCAUUGAACUUUGGUAAUAGUUUUUCUUUUUACUUUAAAAGUCCAAACAUUAGCGAAUUCACCAAAUUCCCAAAGUAAUUCUCUUCAGCAGGGCAUCUUGAGUUAAAUUAUCCAUCAGUAUUUAUGGAGAUUGGUAAAGUAGUGGAACAGUUGACUUGGUUAUCUGAAACACACAGAACACAUCAAUACACACCUAGCACAUUAACUUUGUAUUUGUAUUUUGGAAAUUUAUUUUUUUCCUUUGGUUUUAUUUAAUAUUUCUCAAGUUGAAGAUGUAAAGAUCAAUUGUAGGUUUAUAACAAGGGCCAGUCUGAGAAUGUGGCUUAUGUAUGGAUUUUUUUUUGUCCAUUCAGAUCUGGAAAGGAUAAUCAAUCGUGAUUCUUUUUUUCUAAUGCAAAGAAAUUCAGAGAUGUUCACAAUCAAGGAAUUCACCUUCAGAUUUUAGCACCAUAUCUGUAUUAUCUAAAUUUAUCCAUAACAACAAAAACUGAGGAGAUAGUUUUUAAGGGAAAUAAGCUAUUUCACUUCAUUCUAAUUGAAUAAUUAUCUAGUUAGAAAUUCCAAAAAGAUAACUUAUAAGCCUUAUUCACAAAUUAAAUUGAAAUUUGCAAAUAACUUAUAAGUUAAUUAGGUAUCAUAUCUUUUAAAAGGACAUUUUUAUGUUUAUCAGUACAACUAUAUAUUCUCACUUGUUUGACUUAAAUAAUUUGGAAUAAAGUGGAAAUUAGAUAAUGAAACCAAAAACCUCCUUACAUUUAGGCCUUAUUUAACUCAUAAGCAGUUUCUAUGCACAAGCAAAUAUUAAACCAAACAUAUGGUCAGGACUGUUACUGUCUUCAUGUUAUCCUUGAUUUAUUUCUGCCUUUAUUUGUAAAAAUUGUCUUAAUCAAUGUACCAAUGUACCUUUGCAAGAGAAAGAUCAAAAUUAACUAAUUUUAGAUACUAUAAUGAUAUUCUUAGGUAACUUUCUUCUCCUAUAAAUAGAUCUAUGAUUAUAUGAGUUAUAGAUUAGAAGCCUAGCCUUUUUAAAAUUCCUCACUUUUCUACUUUAAUCUCCUAUGUUUUAUGAAACUGCCUAAGUUCAGCUCCUACCCUGCCACCUCAGCGUAUGACCUUGGGCAACUGCUUAAUCUCUUUGUGCCUCAAUUUCCCUGUUUAAAAUGGGGAUGAUGAAGAUAAUAAUAAUAAUAAUAAUAAUACCUACCUCACAUGGUUGUUAUAACAAAUGAGAUAACACAUGUAAAAUGCUUAGAACAGCUCCAAGCACAAUUAAUACUAACUGUUAAUACUGCUAAUUCACAAAUCUAUUUUUAGUGACAAUAGGCAGACUUGGUUUUAUUAUCUCUGCUUAAGUUGUAACCUUUUUUCUCUUUUUAUAAGUUUUAUGUCCACUAUUAUUAAAGGAUGGUGGUUUGAUUAUUUCUAAAGUUAAUUAUUCAUGCUGCCCAAUCAAGCGAAUAUAAAUAAGAGUAAUAAUACAUCAUUCAGUAAUUUAUGUGAUUUUAUUGGGUCAGGCAGUGCUAAUUUGUGUCAUACAAUCUGCUUUGCAUCAUUCAACAACUUAUGUCCAGGAAUAAAGCAUAUUCUACAGUAGGCCUAAUCUCAGCUGUGUUCUAGAAAACAACAUACACACUCAAUAGUUAUACUGAUAAUAGUCCUCUGCCCAUUUAGCUUCAUAUGUUUCUUUCUUUUUUUUUUUUUUUUAAUUUAUUUAUUUAUGAUAGUCACAGAGAGAGAGAGAGAGGCAGAGACACAGGCAGAGGGAGAAGCAGGCUCUAUGCACUGGGAGCCCGAUGUGGGAUUCGAUCCCGGGUCUCCAGGAUCGCGCCCUGGGCCAAAGGCAGGCGCCAAACCGCUGCGCCACCCAGGGAUCCCGCUUCAUAUGUUUCUGACAGUGGUACCAGGUACUUUAUGGGCAGGCAGAUAAGCUUGGCCUUCAGCAAAUUGUAGGUCAAGAUUCUUGUUUUUCCCAACCUUGUUUGCUUCCCUUAAGACAACAUAAGAAAGUGACUAUGUAUAUUGCUGUUCCUUGACCUGCCAGAUUUACAGGGACAGCAAACCCCUUCUUGAACUUUCAGAUUCAUCUACACAACUACCUCUUCCCACAUGUCACACACGACUGUCUCAGAUUUCUUGAUCUUCCACUUCUACCACCGAACCAUCUUCUAGACUUCAUUUCCCCAGCCCAGCAUCACCAUCUGCCCAGUUGCUCUAACCAAAAACAGAUUAAUCUUGAGGUCCUCUUUAUUUCCCAGCAUACAAUCAUCAAUUCUACCUACUACCUGUUUUUUAUGUAUUUCUACCCCAAACUAGGCCCCAAACUAACUUGUCUUCAAACAUGGCUCGUCAUCAUAGAUCAAAGGACUAUUUCCUAAUAUCCGCCACUGGAUGUUGGUAAAGAUGAUUUCUUAUAGCUUAAAAACUGUCAUUUGUUUGCUUGGAUUAUACUUACUCCCCAAAGCAGCUAUUUGAAAAUAAAUUUGACCUUUUGAUUCAAAAAUUCUUCAUGUUUUAGUGCAUUGUAAAACUAUGAUUUCUAUUAGUAUACGAUUGUUUCAUUGUUUUUAUUAAUAGAAUUGUCUCUUUGGCCUCUUCUAAUCUUGGUUUAAGUUAAAGGUUUUCCUUUAGUGGAGAAGUGGUUUAAUUCUUAAUUAUCAGAGACUAGGUGAUUGAAAUCUAUAUGUGAAAACUUUUAACAUUUUAACUAUUGGUUAAAAAUCUGUGUUCUCAAUAUUUUUCCUUCCUAGGCAAAAUACUGUGCUGUUAUUUUGUGGACUGUAGAAAAAGAGGAAAUGACAAGGAAGGUAGUGUUCAUGAGUACACUGAAAUACAUGCCAAACUGGUAGAAUGAGGUAGUGAAGCUACCUAAUGAGGUAGUGAAUCACAUCUUCGUUCACUUGUUUGUGCUUCAAGCACUUGGCCGAAUUAUUUCCUGUCUCUACUUGAAAGACUUUAAAUAUCUUCACAACUUCUCUUCAAGCCUUUAUCAAAAUUGUGAACAGAUUUGAAUUUCACUUUUUUCCUCCCACAAUAUUGACCAAGAGACAAAAUUUGCCAGAAAGGGAUAAGAAAUCUAUAAAGGAAUUUAUGUCUAUACACAUUCCUCUACCAAAUAUUUGACCUGUGUUAUACACAACGUCAUACCUGCUUUCAUCCGUGACUCCUGUAUAUAUGCGUGCAUAAACUGAAGACCAAAUAAUUCCCGUUCCUCUUCUUCAUCCAGGCUUUCACUGGGGGGAAGCGUUACUUCCAAUUUCAGUGGAUUGUCUCUGAAGUUGACAAACCUAGCAGUUCACCAAAAAACAGUAUUUUUAUAGAUGCCAUAGAAGUGUACAUUUAUUUCCCUGGGGAAAGAUCAAAUGAUAAUACACUAAAUUACUUUUUUUUUUUAAACUGGUUAAAAUAGCUGAACAUUUGGUUAGAUAUAAUAUCCUAAGAAUCUUUAAGUUUCUUUUCUAGAAGAGAAAAACGCUAGCUUUAGACAACUUAUUUUCAGAGCUUAUAGAAGCAACUAUUAAUACUAGCAUAUAUGUAAUGUGGGACAGCUUAACUUCCCAAAUUCCAGUGCAUCUCAAACAUACAAGUAAAUGCUACAAACUUGGAGUUUCUGCAUAUUUUACAGACUUGUGUCUUAUUUAUCACCGUAUCUUCAUGGUGUACAGGGCUCUGUCACUGCUGAAUUGGUAAAUGAGUGAAUAAAUAAUUUUGUUAUGGAAGUUGUGGGAUUUGAUGUGAAGUUAUAUUACUUUGUUCUGCAAUGAAAAAGGAACAUGUCAGUUUUGUGUCUAUAACUUUUACCUCAGAUUGUUCAUCUCUUCCAUGCACACUGGAAUAUCUUGCAGUUUAUUGUUGCUGAGAACAAGAGUACCCAGAUUUUUCAUAUUGCUGAUUGUUUCUGGCAAGCAUGUUAUUUCAUUCCGUUGCAGCCAUAAUGUAUGUAGGCUUUGCAUUCUGAUUAAUUAAAAGAGGUUUAUGCAAUUAAUCAUA